AUGUCAUACCAACCAUUGUACCGCAGGAACAAUAGUGGGUGGCAUGCAGCCUCAUCUGCCAAUGCCCCUGCCUUUUCCUCUCUCCCUCUUGAACGCCCUCUCACCGAAGGUCUUGCUUCGACGCCCUUCAAAACGUUUGCAAAGCCAACUGAUCCGGGAGGCAAGGCCAUUGCUCCGCAAAAUCUCGAGUAUAUCGGCUCCUAUAAUUGGGUCAAUGCUACCAAGCCGACCAUCAUUGUUCCAGGCUCUCCGCCUGAAUGGCGCAAUAGGCCUCUGCCCUACCGGGUGCCGCGAGAUAGCGGUGUGAGGUUCGUGGACCAGAAUGGAUAUCGAAUGCCCUCGACGACGUUAUAUCCCUUGCUCCGCGCAGUGGAUAUAGCGUCGGCGAGCAAGACCAUCGACUGGGGCUCCGUUGAUUUCGUCACGGAUCGCAACGGCUUAAGGAAGCUGCUGCGAUGGAUCAAUGACACGGAUGCAUCCGCCAAGGAGUUCCGCAUUGAUACACAGCUCGCGGGGAACUUCACAGUUCUCCUCAACCGCUGGGAGAAGAAGACGAGAGAAGAUCCGGAUCCUACUCGCCCGAGUUACGGAUUCAGCUUUGAACGGGAGAGUACGACAAAGGCUCCUGGCUGUGAGCAAGGAACAGGCCACCAUCGCAUCGUUAAAUAUGACUUUGGCGGAUUGACCAUAGUAGUGCGCUUCGAGGUCGAUGCUUGCAUUGCACCAUCGCGCUCGUUGCGCCCCACUGCUCCAUCCGCCAAUGUUGACUCGCUCUCCGACUUAAUAUCGGGUCUGGAUGUAGCAAGGAUUUCCCAAACCUCAAAGAUUGACACGAGCGCCUCUACCCCCGAGCUCGACAUCAUCCGUGCAGGCUCCCAGGUGCUUCAUGACUGUGUCAUCGAGUUGACCACUCGGUCUCGAAAUUAUAUUCACCAGUACGACUGGGUGGAUGCCUACCCUCAGCUCUACCUCUCUCAGACAAAGCAUCACUUUCUUGCUGCACAUGGACGCGGAGAGUUCACGGCUAUCACAAAGCGAACACUGGGAAGUCCAGAGAUGAACGCCAUCGAUGCGCAGUUGCAGGCCGGUUUCAGGAAGCUGCGACGUGCCCUUGAGGAGAUCCAGGAACUGGUUAUAGAGCAUGGAAAGGAGGGUAGACUCAGCCUCGUUUUCAGCAGAGGUAAGCUACAGGUUUUCAAGAGGUCUGGCCAGGACAGCUGCCUCCCUGAGAAAAUGUUGGCUCGCUUCGACGCUUGA